AUGGAGAUUCCCCAGAGGCAGUUGACAAGAGAGGAGAUAAAUAGGUGCUAUUUGCGCUGGCAACAAUUGCGAAAUGAGCAUGGAGAAAAUGCAUCAAACAUACCGGAGUUUGUUUAUUUCACCAAGGUUCUAAGGUUGGCUGCCAAGCAGCAGCAGCAGCAGCAGCAGCAACAGCAGCAGCAGCAGCCACAACAACAACAACAACAACAACAACAACAACAACAACAACAACAACAACAACAACAGCAACAGCAACAGCAACAGCAAAUACAACAACAGCAACAGCAAAUGCUACAACAGCAACGACAACAGCUACAACAACAACAUCAACAUCAACAUCAACAACAACAACAACAACAACAACAACAGCAACAAGAAAUAAAAAAGCAGUCACCUCAGCUGCCGCAUGCACCACUUGACUCUAACCAGCAAGUGCAGGGAGUUUCCGGACCACAAAAUGGUCCAGCAGCUCAGGCUUCACCAGCUCAAUGGACAGCACACACCCAGCAAUCACAGCCGCAGCCGCAGCAGCAACAGCAGCAAAUCUACUCGCCAUAUUCUAAUGGGUCGCUGCCCGCAACCGACAACGGCAAAGGGCAGACCUCAAUCGGUGGAUCUCCCGCUCUCCAGCAACGGCCCGCGAGUACAGCUCCUACAAACACUCCCAACAACUCUGCUACACCGGGACAGACGCUUUUCACGCCAGAACAAUCUGAACUGCUGAAGGCUCAGAUCACAUCUUUACGGUACCUGCUGAGCCGACAACCUGUUCCAAACGAGGUUCAAGAAGUAGUUCAACAGUCGCUCAAUAAUCCUCCCAAUUUCAAGCAGAUGCUGCUUGCGCUUAGUGAGACGGUCAAGAAACGGCAAUCGGCUCAGCAGUAUGCUUCGAAGACGCCAGAAUCUAAUAGCCUUCCGAACGCUGUAACCCAACAAUCAUUUCCAGAUGGGGUCCCACAGCAGCCACAGCAGAAUGCUUCGUCUCCCAUGUCUCAACAAUAUCAAGCCAAAGUUCCAGCACCAACCCCUACUUCGGCUCAUCAACCAAUUCGUCAGCAGCAGAUGCGGCCGCAUGGUCCGGAUGAUCGCAAUUCUGCGGCGCCCACUCCCGCUAGUGCAUCAAGAGAGUAUGCAUCUUAUAACGGCGAUAUAAGUGCCCCACCCGCUAAAGCUGAAGAAGAUAUUACAAGCAUCAACAGCCGUAAACCUGUUCUUGAGAGCACUGAACAGAACUCUUUGAAGCCGGAACAAGAGAAUUACGGCGAACAAUCGAAGAUAAAAAUUCCUAUCCCACUGGAGGAGUAUCGCAGGCUAAAUCCUGAUAUUGGAAAAAUUGUCAAUAUCAAUGCCUCUGACAUCGUGGAUUGUUACUCGCUCCCCGCACCCAUCGAUGAACCCAUCAAUUACCAACAGCUUUAUCCCAACAAAACACAUCCAUUACUAACCAUAAAGCCUGGAACGCUGCCGCCUGGUGUUGAUGUUCAUUGCGCAAUGGAGGUAUAUCAGACACUAAUUGCAUUGGAUAUUGACACCGCAGUAGACUCCUGUCUUUCGGACAUGUUGGAUGACUCCAAGCCACAAAUCGCCAAAAGCUCGGCGAGGAACGACUAUUAUGCGCUUCAGCUUUUACCGCUCCAAAAGGCUGUAAGAGGUCAUGUCUUGCAAUUUGAGUGGUAUCAAAAGGCACUGUUGACUAACACGCAUCCCAACUUCCUUUCGAAAAUAAGAAGAGUGAAUAUACAAGAUGCCUUAUUGACUGAUGAGCUAUACAAACGACAUGAAAUUUUACAAAGUGAGCGCCGCAAGCAUGAGCAUUUCACAAGGCUGAAAAGCAUCGCGGACAGUUCGAUGGCAUGUUAUACUAAUAGACUGAGCCGGCGAACCCAAAGAGUCAAGUACGGGCACCGUUUAGUGUCGCUACACGCGAACAUCGAAAAAGAGGAGCAGAAACGUGUUGAAAGAAAUGCCAAGCAGCGUUUGCAGGCACUGAAGGCAAACGAUGAAGAAGCGUACAUUAAGCUACUUGACCAGACCAAAGAUACUAGAAUCACACACUUACUCAAGCAAACUAACGCCUUCUUGGACUCCUUGACUAAAGCUGUGAAAGAUCAGCAACAGUACACGAAAGAUAAAAUUGAUUCUCAUAUAAAAGUCGUGGAAGAAGUUGUUGAUGAAGAAGGAUCCAUUCCUUCUGCAUCCUUACCUGAUGUUCAGGAUGAAGAAGAGAGACAGAAUAUCGAUUAUUACAACGUGGCUCACCGGAUCAAGGAAGAGGUUAAAGUUCAGCCUUCCAUUCUUGUAGGAGGGACAUUGAAAGAGUACCAAUUGAAAGGGUUGCAAUGGAUGGUAUCGCUGUACAAUAAUCAUUUAAACGGUAUUUUAGCGGAUGAAAUGGGUCUGGGUAAAACCAUUCAAACCAUUUCUCUCUUAACUUACCUCUACGAGGUCAAAAAUGUUCGCGGUCCAUCUUUGGUCAUCGUGCCUCUUUCAACUCUUACAAAUUGGGAUUCUGAGUUUGACAAAUGGGCGCCGGUGAUAAGAAAAGUUGCAUAUAAGGGCAGUCCCAAUGAAAGAAAAUCGAAGCAGGGAAUUAUUCGCUCAGGUCAAUUUGACGUUGUGCUAACUACCUUUGAAUACAUCAUUAAGGAAAGGAGUUUACUGUCAAAAAUCAAGUGGGUGCACAUGAUUAUCGAUGAAGGUCAUCGCAUGAAAAAUGCGCAGUCUAAACUAUCUCUGACCUUGAAUAAUUACUAUCACACAGAUUAUCGACUAAUUCUGACCGGUACCCCAUUGCAAAACAAUUUGCCAGAACUUUGGGCUUUAUUGAACUUCGUGCUACCUAAAAUUUUCAACUCUGUAAAGUCUUUCGAUGAAUGGUUCAAUACGCCCUUCGCUAAUACGGGUGGUCAAGACAAGAUCGCCUUGAGUGAAGAAGAGACUCUUUUGGUAAUCAGAAGAUUACACAAGGUCCUGAGACCAUUUUUGCUACGGCGUUUGAAGAAAGAUGUCGAGAAGGAGCUUCCCGACAAGGUUGAGAAGGUACUCAAAUGCAAGAUGAGUGGAUUGCAACAGAAGCUAUACGAAUUGAUGCUCAAACAUCGUCGUUUGUUUGUGGGCGAUAUAACGGCUAACAACAAAAUGGUUGGUAUGCGCGGGUUCAAUAAUCAGAUUAUGCAACUAAAAAAGAUCUGCAACCAUCCUUUUGUAUUUGAAGAGGUAGAAGACCAAAUCAAUCCCACACGGGAAACUAAUGCCAACAUUUGGCGUGUGGCUGGGAAAUUCGAGCUGCUUGAGAGAAUUUUGCCGAAAUUCAAAGCGACAGAUCACCGGAUCUUGAUUUUUUUCCAGAUGACCCAGAUUAUGGAUAUCAUGGAAGAUUUCCUCAGAUUGUUAGGUUUGAAAUACUUACGUCUGGAUGGUCACACGAAAUCUGACGAUCGUAGCAUGCUUUUGCGACUCUUUAAUGAGCCCAAUUCCGAGUAUUUCUGUUUCUUACUCUCCACUAGAGCUGGUGGCCUUGGGUUAAAUUUGCAAACUGCGGAUACGGUUAUUAUCUUCGACACAGAUUGGAAUCCACAUCAAGAUUUACAAGCUCAAGACAGAGCACAUAGAAUUGGGCAGAAAAACGAGGUAAGAAUCUUGAGACUGAUUACGGAAAAUUCCGUAGAAGAGGUAAUUCUAGAUCGAGCUCACAAAAAACUUGACAUUGAUGGGAAAGUUAUUCAAGCUGGUAAAUUUGACAACAAAUCCACUGCUGAAGAACAAGAAGCGUUAUUGCGGUCUUUGUUAGAAGCAGAGGAAAGUCAGAAGAAGAAAAGGGAGCUGGGGCUGGAAGAAGAUGAACAGAUUGAUGAUAAUGAGUUGAAUGAAAUUUUGGCCCGAAAUGAAGAAGAGCUCAAAAUUUUUGCAGACAUUGAUGAAGAACGUAGUCGCAAGCACUUGGAAAAUGGUAUCACUACAACUUUAAUGGAAACUUCUGAGUUACCUAAUAUUUACCACCAAGACAUUGAAGCAGAAUUGAAUAAAGAAGAUGACGAAGAUCUGGCAGCAGGUGGUAGAGGAUCGCGGGAAAGAAAAAGCGCGCUGUAUGAGGAUGAAAUUAGCGAAGAGCAAUGGCUCAAACAAUUUGAAGUAAGCGACCACGAAGGUGACGAUGAGUUGUUUGAAAACAGAAAACGUAGCGCCAGCGAAGUGUCGGAUCGGAAUAAAAAAGCCAAAGUGGAAACCGAAGAACCUGAAGAAAUAGAUGACGGCAACGCUGCAGGAGCUGCAGAAAUUGAUAGUCCUCGGGCUUCAUCUCCUAGAGUUGGACAAAAGUCCAUUAAAAUCAAUGACGUGGGCAAACCCAAGCCGCGUCCUCGUGGUCGGCCAGUACGAACGGACAAAAAGGCAGGUCGGGUUUUCAUUCGUGAUAAAUCACUUCUAAUUCAACCUUUGGAGGAAAGGGUGCGUGUUGCACAGCAGGCUCGAGAGCUUUUCGAUUACGCCAUCAAAUAUGAAGAUGAAGACGAAAGGCGAUUGGCAGACAUUUUUCUGGUGAAACCUUCCAAGAAACUGUAUCCAGACUACUAUAAAUUGAUAAGGUUUCCAGUUGCAUUCGAGAAUGUAAUGACUCACAUUGAAGCCAAGUCUUACGAUACGCUUAAAAAUGCGCUAGAGGAUUUCCAUUUAAUUUUCGCCAAUGCUAGAAUCUACAACACCGAGGAAUCGUUAAUAUAUCACGAUUCCAUAGAGUUGGAAAGUGUCAUUACUGAAAAGUACAAGGAAAUGACCGGACACACCGGUGAAGUUGACUUUACCGAGUUUGACGAUAAUUUUGCAACUGAGCCACUACAAACCCAAACAUAA